CGGGGGCCUGCGCGUGGUGACGUGUAGCGCUAGUAUGGAGGGAUGAUGUGGAGCUCUGAGGGGUUUGUUUUGGUCUGUGGCUGAAGAAUUUUAAGCGCUGUUUGUGUUUAUCAGAGGAGCCGGGCCGCUGCUGCACCUUCACCCCGAGUCCUAAAGGUCCUAAAACCCGAGCAGGACAUGGAGACGCUUUACCACCAGACCAACAAGCAGAUCCAGGAGGUCCAGUCUCAGAUGGGACGACUGGAGACCACUGACCGACAGUCUGUGCACUUGUUAGAAAAUGAGUUACAGGCCAGAAUUGAACAGAUCUUCACACAUCUGGAGCGGCUUGAGAUUCUCGCCAGCAAAGAGCCACCCAACCGUCGCCAAAACGCAAAACUGCGAGCAGACCAGCUGAAGUAUGACGUGCAACAUCUGCAGACAGCCCUGAGGAACUUCCAGCACAGACGCUAUGCUCGCGAGGCUCAGGAGAGGGAGAGAGAAGAGCUGAUGAGCCGCACUUUCACCACCAACGACGCAGACACUUCUAUCCCUAUAGACGACACGCUUCAGUUUAACUCCAGCUUACACAGUGCUCACAGAGGAAUGGACGAUCUACUUGGUUCUGGAUCAAGCAUCCUUAAUGGCCUCCGUGAUCAGAGGGGCACACUGAAGGGUACCCAUAAGAAGAUGCUGGAUGUGGCCAAUAUGUUGGGGUUGUCCAACACAGUGAUGCGUCUGAUCGAGAAGCGAGCAACCCAGGAUAAAUUCAUCAUGAUUACUGGUAUGCUGGUUACCUGCGUCGUCAUGUUCUUGGUGGUCAAAUAUCUGAGCUGAAUCUUCUCUCAGUGAUUUAAACCACCUCAACUGCCGUGAAAAGGACCAUUCUAACGGACAAAUGAUCUUAAUUUUGGUGGAUUUUUCAUCUGGUUUUUCACACCUGAUUUGACUUACUGAGCCAAAUUUUGGGUAAAUGAAUAAAACUGUUCUGAUGAUUCUGAAAAAGUCAAAGCAGGUGAUGCAAGCCUGUAGUGCAGAAGAUCCACCACAAGAGCCCUCAGACCAUCUGGAAAACUGGUAUUUACUUAAUUAUCAACAAAAAUCUCUAUUUAUCUCCUAUCUGUAGUUUUCUCGCUUUAAGCCAGGGCUGAAAGCCUCAAUCCUCAUGAUUCAAAAGGAGAGGAUCGUGACUUCCUUUUAUCCUCUUUGUGUUUGUUUCCUGUUUAUCUGCAUCAUCUUCAUCAAUAAUUUAUUCAAACCCUUAUCAGACAACCCUGGAAUCACAGCAACAGAGAACAGAAAUCAAAAGACGAGAGAGAACGACCUGAACGUCAAAGAGUCAUAGAUUCAUAUUUUCGUUAUUUGAAACUUUUUCUGUCUAAGCAGGGGUCAAGGUUUUGGGCGAACAGGAAAUGAGAGAUGUUAUUGGACAGCUGCGACCUCAUAUCAACGCUCACCUGGUACAUGCAACCCCCUAAGAGGUCCAUCGUAUCUCUGGCCCAGGGAUACACAAGUUUCCAAAAUCAAAUAAAAACCCUUUGAUAUUUGUCGUGUCUGCAGACCUCGCUGCAGCUGGGCUGAAGAGAUGGUGAACAGUUACAUAGACAACUUGCUGAACUAUUGCAAAUGGUCUGAGAUAUCCAGGUCAGGAUUUCCCUCAUAUUCCAACUGUAGUUCAUCAACCAAGAGACUUUUUUUUGUGGUUUAAGUUGUAUUUUUUGUGUUGAAUCUAAAACUUCAAGGCUGUCCAACUUAGGAAGAAAAUAAAAAAAAAUAAAAGGUUAACAUAUAACCUCAUCAUAGCUCCCAAUUUAAAACAAAAAUGUGAUGUACUAAACUUUGACUUUGAUGUUUUUGUCAUGUAAAACAAGACUAAUGCUGAAUCGACUUGAUCCAAUCUGCAAAAUCUGCUAAUUUAUUGAUUCUUGACUGGAGAAAAGAGGAUUUGGUUAUACAGA